GAAACAGAGUGAGUAGAUUGGAGGUUACAGAGAGAGAGAAGUAGAGCGAGAGAGACAGAGAGAGCCAUGUCUUUGCUAUCAGAUCUCAUCAACCUCAACCUUUCGGACACUACGGAGAAGGUGAUUGCUGAGUACAUAUGGGUUGGUGGUUCUGGCAUGGAUCUCAGAAGCAAAGCAAGGACUCUUUCUGGACCUGUGAGUGACCCCAAGAAGCUUCCAAAGUGGAAUUAUGACGGAUCUAGCACAGGACAAGCUCCUGGUGGUGAGCCAAUUCCAACAAACAAGAGGUUCAACGCUGCAAAGAUUUUCAGCCACCCUGAUGUUGUAGCUGAAGAACCUUGGUAUGGUAUUGAGCAAGAGUACACCUUGCUCCAAAAACAAGUUAAGUGGUCGCUUGGCUGGCCGCUUGGAGGUUUUCCAGAACCUCAGGGACCAUACUAUUGUGGUAUUGGUGUUGACAAAGCUUAUGGACGCGAUAUCGUGGAUUCGCAUUACAAGGCUGGCCUCUAUGCUGGUGUAAACAUAAGUGGAAUAAAUGGUGAAGUGAUGCCUGGCCAGUGGGAGUUUCAAGUUGGACCUUCUGUUGGUGGACUGGCGAUCGAAGAGGAUCGAUGGAGCGACAUCGGAUGAAGAUAAAGUUACGCC